CCUCCGCCGGGGACACGCAGCAGCUCCGCCGCAUGGCCCCGGGGGCCCCCGACAUGGUCAACGGCACCAACGCCUCGGGCCCGGACUACGGCUACGAGUACUACCUGGACUACCUGGACUUCGUCCCCGUGGACGAGAGGAAGCUGAGGGUCCACAAACACGCCAUCACCAUCGCCUUCUGGGUGAGCCUGGUGGCCUUCGUGCUGCUCCUGCUGCUGGUCCUGCUCUACGUGUCCUGGUCGGGCUCCCCGCCGGCGCGGAACCACGCCCAGCACCAGCCCGCCUGCCCCUGGGGUCUCCGCCUGGACCUCCCCCUCCGCGUCCUGCGGCACCUGCUGCUCCACAGGGCCCCCCAGGGGACCCCACGGGCCCCGCCCAGCUCCAUCAAGGAGCCACAGCAGUUGAGACAGGAGGGUCCCGCCCCCUCGACCCCCACCGCCCCCCAGGCCCCCUCUGCUCUCCUGUGGGAACCCGCCCUCGGUGGAGACCCCCUGGCAUCAGCUGACGUUGGCCACAAGCCCGGCUGGCCACCCCCUGGAGAUGGGACGGACGCUAGCAAACCACGGCCACCGCCGGGCGGCCUGUGA